UUUCCCUCUUGUUUUUUUUCAUUCACCAGAAAACCCUAACAUCAGAGAACUUGUUCUUCACUUUCUCUCUAUCACGAACACAGAGACUUUUUCACUUUCUCUCUUCACGAACCCUAACAUCGCAGCUUCAAAUCCAUCGCCGCUUCCAUCGCAGCUUCCAUCGCAGAGCAGCUUCUCACACGAACAGAGCAGCUUCAAAUCCAUCGCCGCUUCCAUCAGAGCUUCAAAUCGACCAAAUCAGCUUCCAUCGCAAAGCCGCUUCUCACACGAACAGAGAAGUACGUAGUAGUCAUGGAUCGUAGUUGGAUGAAUUCUAACCGUUUGAGUAUAGAUUAUAAGGAAGGAGUGAACAAGUUUAUACAGUUUGCUUUUGAAAAUCUUCCUAAUAACAACGGAAGGUUUUAUUGUCCUUGUAUGAAAUGUUUUAAUAUUCCCAAGUUACAUUUUGAGUUGAUAAAAAGUCAUCUUAUUUGUCACGGGGUUAACCAAAGUUAUACCAAAUGGAUAUGGCAUGGUGAGUCGGUAACCGAUCCAAUUGCGUCAAAUACAAAUGAAGUCGAUGUAGAUAUGAACGAUCAGCUAGAUGAUAUGAUCCGUGAUAUAGGCCCAGAGUCUUUCCAGCGAGCACAAAUGUAUGAUAAUUUGCGCAAAGACAAAGAAGACACAUUGUAUCCGGGGUGCACUAACUUCACACGGUUGUCUGCGGUGCUGAGAUUGUUCAAUUUGAAGGCGAGAAAUGGAUGGACAGAUAAAAGCUUCACUGAAUUGCUUGAGUUGUUGAAAGAAAUGCUUCCAGAAGGUAACACAUUACCCAAUAGUAACUAUGAGGCGAAGAAGAUAUUGUGUCCGAUGGGUAUGGAGUAUAAGAAAAUACAUGCAUGCCCUAAUGAUUGUAUAUUGUAUCGAAAUGAGUUUGAAGAGUUGAAGAGGUGUCCUAGGUGUGGACUAUCACGCUACAAAGUGAAGGACAAUGAUUUCAAUUGUGAUGGAAGCAUACAACACCCUCCUGCGAAGGUGUUAUGGUAUCUUCCAAUAAUUCCAAGGCUGAAGCGGUUGUUCAAUAAUGUAAAUGAUGCGAAGAAUAUUAGAUGGCAUGCAGAUGAGAGGAAAUGUGACGGGUACGUUCGUCAUCCGGCUGAUUCUAUACAAUGGAAGAAAAUUGAUGCUUUGUAUCCGGAAUUCGGGAAUGAGCCCAGAAACCUUAGGCUUGGACUUGCUACAGAUGGCAUGAAUCCAUUUGGAAACUUAAGCACCAACCACAGUUCAUGGCCUGUCCUCUUAAUUAUUUAUAAUCUACCUCCUUCAAUUUGCAUGAAGCGCAAAUACAUUAUGUUAUCCAUGAUGAUUUCAGGCCCAAAGCAACCGGGAAAUGACAUAGAUGUUUAUCUGAGUCCAUUGAUUGAAGACUUGAGAAUGCUUUGGGAGGAAGGGGUUCAUGUGUUUGAUGCCCAUUCUCGUGAUUAUUUCACGUUGCGUGCAAUGUUAUUUUGCACCAUCAAUGAUUUUCCUGCAUAUGGGAACUUGUCCGGCUAUAGUGUGAAGGGGCAUAAAGCAUGUCCCAUAUGUGAAAAACGCACUAGGUUCCAACAAUUGAGAAAUGGAAAGAAGACAGUUUACCUUAGGCAUCGGCGAUUUCUCAAACGUAAUCACCCAUAUCGUAGGUUAAAGACAGCAUUUAAUGGAAGCUCGGAAAAUGAAAUUGCUUCACAAGCCUUAACCGGAGAGCAAGUUUAUGACAAAGUGAAAGAUGUCAAUGUUAUAUUUGGGAAGGGCCAAAAACAGACCGCUGUGAAAAAAAAAUGGAAGAAGAGGUCUGUGUUCUUUAAUCUUCCUUAUUGGUCGAGUCUAGAUGUUAGACAUUGCAUCGAUGUAAUGCAUGUCGAAAAAAAUGUGUGUGAUAGUGUAAUAAGGAUGAUGAAGGAAAAAAGAAAGAUGUCCUUCCAUCUAAAAGGUCAGAACCCGAUAACACAUGUGCUGAAAAAUUGAUGUUAAAGAUAAUGUCGCGGAAGGAUGAUGUGAAGUUCAAGUUGGAAGGGGAUGCAUUUUUUUCUCUCCCAACCAGAGAUAUUAUGGAGUUGUGUCUGAAAACACAAGAUUUACGCAUCUCUAUUCUACGUAUA